AAUUGUAAUUAAGUGUUUGACGUUAAAGCAUCGGCCGUAACAUUAAUUCGAGAUGUGGUUAAAAUAUAUUUUGCUGAUUAAUAUAUUUUUAAUUUAUUAUGCUAGUGCUGGUCCAAAAGUAAAACCAAGUCGGUUUAAUGAAGAGGAUUUCAAUUUUGAUGAUGUGGUGAUUUCGAAAUUUAAUUUAAGUUCUUUAUCAUUUCGAUUACCAAAUAAUACAGUGCCAAUUCAUUAUGACGUUUCUUUGUUAACUGACAUACAUCUUGGAAAUUUCGAUUUUUUCGGAACUGUAACAAUUGACAUAAGAGUUGUUGAAGCAUCUGAGACCAUAACAGUUCACUACCGUCAAUUAUCAAUUUCUAGCAUUGAUUUACUCGAUUUCAGUGGCAAUAUGCUCGAGUCAAAUGUGGAUUUUGAGCAAAUAGAAGAGGUUGAAUUUUUGGUAAUCAAGCCACACAUAUUGCUGCUUGAGUUUAAUCGAUAUAAGGUUGUCAUCAGAUAUCGUGGAUUGUUAAGGACUGAUGAUUAUGGAUUUUAUCGAGCAAGUUACUUCAAUGAAGAAGGAAAGAGAAUUUGGGUUGCAACGACGCAAUUCCAAGCAACUGAUGCAAGGCAUGCAUUUCCAUGCUAUGACGAACCACAAAUCAGAACAUCUUUUGAUAUCAGAAUUCGUCAUCAUCAAAGAUAUAGAGCACUUUCAAAUAUGCCUGUUGAAUCACUUUUGCCUGCUCCAAUCAAUGGAUAUGUAAUUACAAAAUUCCAACGAGUUUCAUCAAUGCAAACUUAUUUAGUAGCUUUUACUGUAAGUGACUACAUUUAUGAAGAAAACGCAACCGUUGUACCUCCUCAAAGAGUCUACGCCAAGCCACAAUCAAUUCAUAAUAAUGAAGCAGAACUUGCCUUACGUGUUAGUCCUCAAAUCAUGUUGACUACUGAAAUACAUUUUGGAAUCAACUAUACUUUUCCAAAAAUGGACCAAAUUGCUAUAACUGAUUUUGAUGCUGGAGCUAUGGAAAACUGGGGACUUGUUUCUUACAGAGAAAUAUUUUUACUUUUUGAUCCAUUAAUCAGGACAACAAGGAACAAAGAAUUCAUAAUAACUAUAAUAGCACAUGAAUUUUUGCAUCAAUGGAUUGGGAAUAUUGUCUGUCCUGAGUGGUGGACAUAUUUGUGGAUAAAUGAAGGAUUUGCCACGCUUUACGAACACUUUUUGCCUCAUUUUACUUAUCCUGAGGAAAGAUAUGAUGACUUAUUUUUAGUUGAUGUGAUGCAUCCAGUUUUACAAGUUGAUGCUAAUCCAAAUAUUCGUGCAAUGUCACACUAUGUUGAAGAUCCCGUAUCGAUUGACCUUCUUUUUGAUUGGGUCGCUUAUAAUAAGGCUGGAAGUGUCCUUCACACAUUUAUGCAUGCAUUUGGAUUCACAAUUUGGAAGAAUGGAGAGCGCAAUUUUAUUCAUGAUCGUUUUGAUAAUUUUGCAAAUUCUGGUCAUCUUUAUGCAGCUAUUCAACGCAGUAUUGAUUCGUAUCCAAGUAUUAAUCCUAUCAAUGUAGCAGAAAUGAUGAGCACAUGGGAACAUCAGGCUGGAUUUCCUAUUAUAACUGUUACUCAAACUUUUGCAGGGCAACUUGAGAUUUCACAAGAAAGAUUCUUUUAUGACAAAAAUACAAUAUCCAGUAAUAUUUGGUCAAUUCCAAUCAAUUAUGCAACUGCAUCAAAUCCCGAUUUUUCAUCAACAUUAGCAAUGGAAUUUUGGGGAGCGCAAAGAACUUAUACAUUGCAGCCAUCAUCUAUAACCAAAACGUGGAGUCAAGGCGAUUGGAUUAUUUUAAAUAUACAGCAAGCAUACUAUUAUAGAGUCAACUAUGAUUUAGGGCUUUGGAAUUUGAUUAUUGAACAAUUAAAUUUAGAUUAUAAUGUUAUUCAUGUAAGGAAUCGAGCUCAACUGAUUGAUGACGCAUUCCAUUUAGCAAGAGCUGAACGAGUGAAUUAUGGAAUGAUUUUUGGAUUGAUGAACUAUAUGUGGCAAGAAACCGACUAUUUUCCUUGGGUUGUUUCUAAUCGUGCAAAAACUUCUCUUAAUCGUUGGUUAAUGAGCUCAAGUGUUUACUCUCAAUAUCAAAGAUUUAUUAGACAUAAUUCUGCAAGAUACUUCAAUAAACUUGGAGUUGAGUUCCGUGAUGACGAAUUACUUAUUGAUCGCUAUGGAAGGUCUGUAAUCAUUUCAUUAGCAUGUGGGGCUCAAUUGGAAGAAUGUCUCAGAGAAACAAACAAUGAAUUGAUAGCAUUUAUUGAAACUGGUAAGAGAAUAGCACCUGAAUAUGUCCAGUUGAUUUACUGCAAUGGAAUGCGUACUGCAAAUGUUCUUCAUUUUCUUUCAAUGAAAAAUCGAUUAUUACAAACGACCGAUACUGCAGAAAGAACACGAAUAAUUGCUGGUUUAGGAUGUACACAAAAUACAGAUUUGCUUUUCAGCUUCCUUAAUCUAGCUAUUCUUCCUGGCAUUGAACUAUCAACAACAGAACAAAAUAGAAUUUUGACGCAAUCAGCAUCAAAUGGAGAAGAUGCCAUUCGCAUAAUGAUGAAAUUUACUAGAGAAAAUUUCGUAGCAAUGUCAGGAAUAAGUGUAAAUACGAUAAAUAAUGUUCUUACAAAUGUUGCAAUGUACAUCGGAUCUGAAAAACUUUUCACUGAAUUUGAACAAUUGAUUACCAUGCUGGUCGUUAAUGGUGGGAUAACAAUUAAUCAAUUUGUUGCAUUGCGAGAAUCAGCAAGAGUAAACUUAAAUUGGCAAAUAGAUUAUCUUGAGCCCAUAGCUGAAUUUUUCAACACAUGGCAACCAUAACAGCUACGGCAGUUUAAUGAAAAUUUUAAUAUUGUCUAAUUUUAUAACUCCUGAUUAAAAACAAAAUAAAAAAUCAAUUCCAACUUGUUAUGAUCAGCAAGUCUAUUAUUAAGCAAUUUUUCAUAAAAG